AAAGUGCGCGGAAGUUCCCGGUUAAAGCAAAUUAUAGAUAAGCAUAUUACAGAGACACAAAUGUGCUUGGCGGCUCAUUAAAAUUCAGCAUGGAAACAUUGUCAAACAAUCGCAUAUUUCGGCAAUACUUGGUUCUACUGCAAUUGCUGUUGAUCACAAAAGUAUACGACGUGUUGGCCACACCGCUGCGGACUGAAAGUGCAACAUACUCGAACACAGCGGCUACAAAUCGCAGCGAACCUAGCAAAACGAGCAACUAUUUUCUGCAUCAGCCUUACGGUCCCAAUACGUAUGCCUUUGGCUAUGAGGUGGAAGAUGCGCAAACGGGCAACGUGCAAUUUAGAGAUGAGCGUCGCUAUUUGAAUGGAAGCAUUGUGGGCAGCUUUGGCUAUGUGCGACCUGAUGCUCACAUUCAAGUGACACGCUACAGAGCCGACGCAGAUGGCGGCUACUUGGCGCACUCACAAAGCUACGCUCCAGGGGAGCAACAAGUGGACACCAUUUGGCCCACGAAGCUGCCUGAUUUUCUGAGAGAUCAACAUAAAAUGCAGCCAGCAAACAAUGUGAGUUGGGAUGCCAAGCAACAUUUGAAUGUGAGCGUGGACGACGUGGAAGAUGAUGUCGCAGAGAAAUUGAAACAACAACAUGGUCUUGACUUGUUUCACAUUGAUGUGGCGCAGGAUGUGCUCCAGCCCGCAGUCUUAGAUAUAGUCAAUGGCAAGACACCGCUGAAGCAGCAGCCCAAUGGCAGUUUGGCCUUUGAGACGCUUCAGAAAGUGGUGCCCAACGAGCUGCCGCUUGUGCCAUUCGAAUUGCCAGUCGAAGAACUGUUAACAAGGGCAACAACGGCAACGACAACAGCCACAACUGAGUCAUCGGCCGAGCUUAGCAAGUACGAUAAAGCCAAGAGCAAUAAUGCCGAAAAGGCACCACAAAUAACAGAGUCCGAUUCGAGUGAACUAUUGCCGCCCAGGCCAUUGGUCAAUAACGUUAGCAACAGCUCGAAUUGGUACAAGCAAAUCAUUGAAGCAAAUCGUCGUGAAUUCCUUGAACAUUUACCAAAUUUGAAUAAAGUAAAUGUUUGAAGAAACACAAGUAAGAAACUACGGUCGAGUGUGCACGACUGUGAGAUACCCGCUACUUGUUUUCAAUAAUAAAUAUUUAGAAGAUUAUAUUUGGUAUAUCAAGAUACCAUUAAGUUCAAAAUAUACCAUACCAAUAAAACCAAAACAGUGCCGUAUUAUCCUAAAAAAAUACCAAAGUAUACAAAAAUAUACCGAAGACCAUAUUUAGUAUAUCAAUAUAAAAUUACGUUAAAAAUAUACCAUUAUAAUAAAAGCAAAACAGUGAGAGAAUAUUAUAAAAAUAUACAAAAAUACAGAAAUAAGUUUAGUAUAUAAAUAUACAAUAUAAUAUUCAAACUAUACCAUACCAAUAAACCCAAAAAAAUGGAGUAUAAUCUAAAAAUAUACCAACAAUUAAAAAAAAGGUGUAUCGAUACACAAUUACGUUUCAAAUAUACCAUCGACUUCAAUCAAAGCAACUGAGAGCAUCACCCUUUUUUCCAAACAAAAUAAUAUUUUCAACAACUUCUACAAUUGUUAACUGUUGUUCAAGGAUCUAAAAUACUGUAGUUAUUAUUGUAUAUACCAAGUCCAUAAUACCCUUCUAUCCUAUUGAUAGCGGGUAUAAAAACUUAAGAGGCACACUCAAAUUAUGCACAUUCAACGAGAAUCACAAGUGGUCCCACUGUACCCCGCCCCACUGUACAGCAGCAGCGUACUAAACAUAGUAGUAGCUGUACCGACACGCCCCUCCUCAAAAGAAAAACCAAAAAAAGAAA